AUGAAAUAUAACAAGCCUACCAAAUCUGCCUUCUUCAUAGUUAAAAAAUUAGAAAUGAAAGAUAUUGUUAAACGACAUGAUGAAAAAGAUCUAAAGCAUCAAAAAGCAAAGGAACAUUUAGUUGCAAACAGUGACAAUAUUUCUUCAGAUCCUCAAAUACUUAAAUUUUUUGUACUUAGUUUAGAAGAAUCUUUAGAAUACAAAGAUUUAAAUUAUGUUGUAGCUCGAAAUUUUGCUAUAGCAAUCAUACAUAUAAUUGAAGAAAAGCUUAUUGAUAAAAUGAAGUCAGCAAAAAACUGA